GCCAUCAUUCCCCUUAAUUAGAGAAAUCUGAAAGAUGCUCCAUAAAGAGUAGGAGAGAGAAUGUGAGGGGACUGAGAGAGACUUUUAAAAAAUCACCGCAAGCAAGUGCUGGACUCCAUUCCCAAGAAGGCAUUAUUGUACAUAAAGAACAGAGAGAUGAUCAGCGAAACGAAGAAGCAGAAAGAGGUAAAAAUCAAAUAUUGAACAAGUGCCGUAGUUCAUGGAUCCAUGGAAGCAUCUCUUCCUCGAUCACAACAUCUUAGCCAUUAUAUCUUCCAAGCGCCGAGUCCUCUCUGGUUUCGUCCUUGGCAUCGCGGCAUCCAUCAUUGUCGUCUAUCUUUUGGCUUCAAUCAAUACCUCUGGUGCGUUCCCCCGAUUUCCUUUUCCCCGCUCAAACGACUCAGUCUCUGCUUCUUAUUUGGGAAAUUCUAGCUCUUUAUCCUUCUCUUCUCUUACCGGUGAAAACGGUACUGUUACGGUUAGUGCAAACCGCGCUUCUAUAACUACAACCCUUGAAGGUAACUUUUCUCAACCACAAUCCGAUCUGGGUACGGAGGAAGCUCACCAAUGGAGCCAUGUGAACUCAUUGAGUUCGAAACUCGACGAGAUAAAGAAGCCCCUCUCUGACAAUAUUUCGAAGAAUGCCACAGAUGGAUUGGGGGUGGGGCGAAGUAAUGUAACGACGCGGCUUAAUGGUGAUUUUAGAGUAAAAAUUGAGAGUUUGCAGAACUUCUCUGUAAGAAAAAGCGAUGACUCUGAUGUUUCGGUGGAGGCAAUAGGAGGGGAUUCUCAGGUGAAGUGUGAUAUAUUUGAUGGAGGAUGGGUGCGGGAUUUGACCAAACCUUAUUAUCCACCGGGUUCUUGCCCUUAUAUUGACAUUGAUUUUGAUUGUUAUAAGAAUGGGAGGCCUGAUGAUGAAUUCUUGAGAUGGAGAUGGAAGCCAUAUGGCUGCGACAUUCCAAGCUUGAAUGCAACUGAUUUCCUGGAAAGAUUGAAAGGCAAAAGGAUACUUUUUGUUGGUGACUCGCUCAAUCGGAACAUGUGGGAAUCUCUUAUCUGUAUACUACACAAUAGUAUCAAGGACAGAAGUAGAGUUUAUGAAGUAUCAGGACGAAGCAAAUUCAAAAUUCAAGGUUAUUAUUCUUUUAGGUUUGAGGAUUACAUGUGCUCUGUAGAUUUCGUGAGAUCACCAUUUCUGGUCAAAGAACUACUGCUUAAAAAUGCAAAUGGGUCAGAAAAUGAGCGGCUAAGAUUGGAUCUACUCGAUGAGACAAUGGCUGCUUAUCAUCUUGCUGAUAUUGUAGUUUUCAAUACUGGCCAUUGGUGGACUCAUGAGAAAACAUCCAGCGGGAUAAACUACUAUCAAGAAGGAAAUCAUGUGUACCCAGUUCUUGAUGUCAUGAAGGCAUACAAAAAGGCUCUUACCACGUGGUCUGAGUGGGUUGAUAGGUACCUUGAUUCCAGCAAAACUCAAGUUGUCUUCAGAGGUUAUUCUGUCACCCACUUCAGAGGUGGGCAGUGGAACUCUGGUGGUCAAUGCCACAAGGAAAUUGAGCCAAUCUUCAAUGAUACUUUCAUCACAAAGUACCCCAAAAAAAUGAUUGCUUUAGAGGGAGUACUCCGAAAAAUGGAAACACCAGUGCUCUACCUUAAUAUCAGUAGACUAACUGACUAUAGAAAGGAUGGACACCCUUCUAUAUAUAGAAAGAAGUACAAUUCAGAAGAAGAGCUCAGAGAAGCUGAGAAAUCUCAGGAUUGCAGCCACUGGUGCUUGCCUGGGGUUCCUGAUACCUGGAAUGAGCUUCUCUACGCUUCUUUGUUGAUGGAAGGAAAAGGACCAUGGAGGAAAUGACACUUUGCAACAGUGCGGUCUUAUGGGGAUUUCAUGUUCAGUGCCGCUUGGAAGAACCUCAUUCCAUUGGGAUCAUUUCUUUUUGCAAAUGGACUUCCUUUUUCAUCACUUUCUACUGUAUCAGCUUUUAGAUAUGUUUCAUGCUUAUCUAAAACUUUUCAUUCUAUAGACAUCUGUAAUUCUUCACUGAAAAUUUCUUUUCUUUUCAGCUACAAUUGGUUCAGAUCCAAUAAAUUGUCAUCUCCUUGGGUGAUUUGAGGUUUGAUUAACAGUAUAUUCAUUCAUUUGAUUACUACUAGUUAGAGAGUAUUUUGUUUCCUUUACAUGUAAAGACUUGUCCUAGAAAUAAUGAGUUUUAAUUUUGUUUGUGAA